UGUGCCGCUCAAACACUAUACUUUUCCGCCCACACUGAAAAAAAAUUAGAGGGAACAUUGCCCCCUCCCCCCAGUUGAAUGUUCCGUUUCUGUUGGGAUUUCUGGUUUAAACAGAAAUCCCAAGAUUCUAUUCAAAGGGAGACGAUGGUGGGAUUUUGCUGUAAGAGAGUCAACCUAUACUUAUUUUUCUUCUUCAAUCAACUGUUCUUCAUCUUGGGGGCGCUGAUGGUUGGGAUCGGGAGCUGGAUUUUGGUUGACCAAAAGGCCUUCAUUCCCAUCCUGCAGAAUUCGUCUCCCACGUUCAAAACUGGGGUCUACGUCUUCAUCGGAGCCGGUGCCAUCACCAUGGUGCUUGGCUUCCUGGGAUGCUUAGGGGCCUUCUUUGGCAUCCGGUUCACCCUUGGCCUCUACUUCGCCUGCCUGUUGCUCAUCCUCUCGGCCCAGAUCACUGCUGGCCUGAUGAUCUACUUCCAACAGAGCUCGCUGAGAGCCAGGAUACCCGAGGUGGUGAUUGAUCUCCUGCAGACAUAUGACUCUUCCGACGAUACGAACCAGGUCCUCGAAGCCGCUUGGGACUUUGUUCAAACCAUGUUCGCGUGCUGUGGCUGGAACGGACCCGAAGACUGGCAACUCAACAAAAUCCUUUGGGCAGGCAAAAUGCGCUUCUAUCCAUGUUCUUGCAGCAACCACACAGAGAAUGCCUCCAUAGGGACAGGUUUCUGUGCUCUGGAGCCCUAUUUGGAUACAACCAACGUGACCGACUGGCCCGUGAAGAAGCAGGGGUGCCGGAUGAUGGUGCUGACCUGGUUGCAAGGAAAUUUCAACGUCUUUCUUGGGGUCUGCACAGGAUUGGCCAUCACAGAGCUGCUGGGGAUAGGGCUCUCUAUCCACCUCUUCAAAACCAAAAUAUGCCUACACUAAAGAUGACAACGCCGCCUGGAGCCUGGAUGCGAUCCAGGAGGAAAGAGGGAACUGGGUUCUUUGUUCCAGACGAUGCUUGGUAGUCCCUGCUAGAGCUUUAGCCUAACAACUCUUCCUCUACUUAUCUUGCUCCUUCCACAAAUGAAUGCAAAUGUUCUGAAUGGCCGGGCUUUUAGAGUUUUAUUCACCACCACAAUAAGAUUCAGGAUGCUCCAUAUACCCCUUCCGCUGGGUUCGUACCCUCUUCCUUCUGUGCAAUUUGGAUAAAGUUGGGAGAUUUGUUUGGUGCUUGGGAUGUCCAUCAGGUCAAAGGUCAGGUGAGCUUCAAAGGAGGACUCGGGAUCACAGAUCUUCCUGUUUUUGCUCAUUUGAAGGGAGUUUAUUUUUGUUGUACAGGCAAUUCUUGACUUGCAACCUGUUCUGACCGAGGCUUCCCGAGAACAUGGAACAA